AUGAAUGUGCUGGCAUACGACCUCAAGGCAAACCCCAAGGUCGAGGCCCUGGGUAUCCCCUACCUGCCCUGGGAGGAGAUCCUGCCGCAGGCUGACGUUGUCAGCGUCCACGUGCCCCUGCUGCCCUCGACGUACCACUUCAUGGAUGUGAGCCGCGCGCUGUCGCCGUGA